AUGGCCGCCAUCGAUCAACACACCCACCUGGAACAUCCCGCUGCUUCACCUUACCAAGAAGUGGAGGGUUUUCUUCCCCAACAAGAAGGUCCACAGUCCAGCAUUCGAAUCACCCGAUUCUUUGAAGUGCGACGGGUUCACAGCAGUGCCACAGAGCUUCGUUUGUCCAUGGACGUCCCAGCAGGUGUUUCCCUGAGAGACCUUCACAUUCACGUGGGUGGAUUGUGCGAUAACAAGAACAAGAAGAACCAAAACUGCACACUUUGCGUCUCGCAACACGGAGGAUCCACUGGCAGGGCGUUUUCGUUGAAUGCACAAUCCGUCGAUUUGGCCAACCUUACUGCGGUCUUGAACCAUGACGAGCUUCAGAUUAUUGCUCCCAAGCACCGACGACGAGCAUCCGUUUAA